UCUUUUCUAUUCCCCAGGAUUCGUCUUCCCGCAGUCAGUCAGUGGGAAGGGGGGCUGUCUGAGGAAUUCGUCCACUACAGAGAGAGAGAGGAACACAGAGAGGGUCAGAGAAAGCUCUGUGAAUACUUCAUUACCAGCUUUAUUGAUGAUUGUUCCUGUAGUUGGAAUGAGACAUCUGGAUUGAGAACUUCAACUUGGAGAUCUUCAAACAUCGUCUGCUACUUUUAAGUAAAGUGUCUUUGUGGUGCAUCUAUCUGCUUGUGCUUUGGUUUAUUUAAAAUUCUUCAGUGACAGCCUGGCUGUAUCUGUAGCUCUACACCUCUCCAUUCCUUCACAUUCAUUUUCCACAGCAUUACGCAAAGAAAGUUAAGCAAAGAAGACCCAACGAUGAAGCUGUGGUGGAGGUUAAAGGUUCCUCUCUGGAUCACCGUCGUCACUCUCAGCUCUAUUCUAACAUGCUCUGGGAACGUAGAGGCAGAUGGUUUGGUCAGGUCUGGCCAGGCAGUCAAAGGGCUUCAGGGAGGACAAGCAGUAGCUGUUGAUCAGAAAAGAAGGGAGCUAGAGCCACAGCAGCCAGAGGACCUUCAGAUGGAUGAACCUGAGAAAAAAGAUGUGGAAGAUGCCAAAAAGAACAAACCAGGGGCUAAAAAGUCACCUGAAGAAGUUGCAGCAGCCAGAGCAAAGAAAGCAGCAGAGAAAGAAGCCAAAGCAAAGAAACCAAAGCCCCCCAAGCCCACCAAGAAACCCAAGCCACCGAAGCCAACCAAGAAACCCAAACCCCCAAAACCGACCAAAAAGCCCAAGCCACCAAAACCCACCAAGAAACCCAAAGCCCCGAAGGCCACGCCACCACCCAAGGCCAAGACCCCACCCACCAAAAAAUCCACUCUGGAGGAGGAAGAGGAGAAACUCCUUAGAGAACUGGGGUGGGAUACAUUAUUGCCUACAGAAUCACCAAAAGAGCCGCCUCCACCCCCAGACCACGACGUUCCCAUCAAGAAAGAAGAUCCAACAUCACCCUCUAUAACUACAAUCCCUAAAGAACACGACCCUGAGUACUGGGACGCCGCACAUGAGGUUUCAGAGCCUGAUCUUCCCCCGAGACGCAAGGACGCCACCACCACAGAGGACCCCAGCAUAUAUUUACCCAUCCCAGAGGAGACCACAGCCCCACCACAGGCCCCCUGGUACGAGGAAUAUGAGUAUUCAGACUUGGCAGCAAAGAAGCUGGAGGAGGAGAUGGCAAAAAGGCAGAAGGAGAAGGAGGAAAAGGCUGAAAAACUGAGGAAAAAAUGGGAGGAGGAGGAAGAAGAAAGAAGGAAGCAGACCCCGGUCUACGUCGAACCAAAGAAGUGUCCACCUCUUGGCAUGGAGUCGCACCGCGUGGAGGAUGACCAAAUCCUGGCCUCCUCCAUGUCCCAUCAUGGGUUUUCAGCUCAGAGAGGCCGUCUGAACAUGCAGAGCUCUGCUGAUGAGGAUGACAUUUAUGGAGGAGGCUGGUGUGCUGACAGUGAGGAGAAAGAGCACUGGUUCCAGCUGGACGCUCGUCGAGAGGUGGAAUACACUGGGGUCAUCACUCAGGGAAGGACUUCUGAAACAAAUGACGACUUCGUUUCCUCCUACUUCGUGGCCUUCAGCAACGACAGUCGUGACUGGACGGUGCUUCAUGACGGCUAUGCUGAAUGGCUCUUUUAUGGUAAUGUUGAUAAGGACACUCCAGUGAAGAACGAGUUCUCCGUGCCCAUGGUGGCGCGUUAUAUCCGGAUCUUACCCCAGAGCUGGAACGGGAGUCUGUGCAUGAGACUGGAGAUGCUGGCCUGCCCUCUGCCCAACAGUUACCCUACAGAAAACGACGUUACGCCCAACGAUGACCUGGAUUACAGACAUCACAACUACAAGGAGAUGAGGCAGAUGAUGAAAGUAAUAAACGAGGAGUGUCCCAACAUCACCAGGAUCUACAACAUUGGCAAAAGCGCUCAAGGGAAUAAGAUGUACGCGAUGGAGAUCUCAGACAAUCCAGGAGAACAUGAGCUGGGUGAGCCAGAAUUCCGCUACACUGCAGGACUGCACGGGAAUGAAGUUCUGGGGAGGGAACUCCUGUUGUUGCUGAUGCAGUUCCUGUGCAAAGAGUAUAACGAUGAUAAUCCUCGGGUGCGUCGCCUGGUGGACGGCGUGCGCAUUCACCUGGUGCCCAGUUUGAAUCCAGAUGCUUACGAGCUGGCUUUCGAAAUGGGCUCAGAAAUGGGAAACUGGGCGCUGGGCCACUGGACAGAAGAGGGCUACGAUAUAUUCCAGAACUUUCCUGACCUUAAUAGUAUUUUCUGGGGUGCAGAAGACCGAGGAUGGGUCCCUCGUAUUGUACCAAAUCACCACAUCCCCAUUCCAGAGAACUUCUUGAAUGGUUCGGUUGCUACAGAGACUAAAGCCAUUAUUGCCUGGAUGGAGCGAACGCCUUUCGUCUUGGGGGCGAAUCUGCAGGGCGGCGAGAAGAUCGUGGUGUACCCCUUUGACAUGCAGAGACCGCCCAGGUCCACCAGCUUGGACAGCAGGGUGGUGCAUCGUAACGGGCGCCCCGUGGUGGAGUACCACAUGAACGAGGAGACCUGGGCCCGGAUCCAGAGGCAGAACGAGGGGGCGCUGAGGGAGACGGCGGACGAGAGCAUGUUCCGCUGGCUGGCCAUGACCUACGCCCACAGUCACCUGACCAUGACAGAGACGUACCACGGGUCCUGCCAUACUGAUGACAUCACGGGGGGCCAGGGCGUCAUCAACCGUGCAACCUGGAAGCCUGUAGUGGGGAGUAUGAAUGAUUUCAGUUAUCUUCACACAAACUGCUUCGAGAUUUCCAUCUUCCUGGGUUGUGACAAAUUUCCCCAUGAGAGUGAGCUGCCUCUGGAGUGGGAGAACAACCGUGAGGCCUUGCUAGCAUUUAUUGAGCAGGUGCAUCGUGGUAUUAAGGGUGUGGUAAGAGACACUAACGGCACUCUAAUCGCAAACGCCACAAUAUCUGUGGAGGGCGUCAAGCAUGAUGUGAAAACAGCUUCCACAGGUGAUUACUGGCGUCUCCUGAACCCAGGAGAGUAUCGUGUCACUGCGAGGGCGGAGGGCUACUCACCCCAGACGCGCCUCUGUAUGGUGGGCUACGAGACGGGGGCCACAUCAUGCAGUUUUACGCUAACCAGGUCCAACUGGGACCGAAUUAGGCAGAUCAUGGAGCAGAGUGGUAGGAGGCCAUAUCUGCGAGUUCCACCCAAACCUGGGGUACCGAAACCAACGAAUGCUGGUGGGACCAACAAAGGUCCAGAUACUGUUCCCGAUCCUCAAACUGCACGCAAGCGCCGCCUGCAACAGAUGCGUAUCCGCAGAAUGCAAUUGCAGAAGAUGAGGGCCAGCAGAACCACCACUGUGGCUACCACAACAACCACCACCACCACCCUGCCACCCACCACCACCACAGAGUUUUUAACACAGACCAUCGACUCGUGGUACGACUCCUGGUUCGGGCAGGAAAGUUCGCCCACCACAGAACCUGGUGAAGCUGAAUUCCAGGAGUCUGAGCCCACACCCGAAUACGACUUUGCAUACAAAAUAGAUGAUUUUUAAGUACAGAUAUCAGUUCCAUGUGAAAUAAAAGAAGAAAUACAGCUUUCUAUCUCAGCUGUGCUUCAUUAUUCCUAAUUGUGAAUGCAGUUUGAAUGAGUUAGGCCUGCCAGCCUUUAGGCCUCUAUAGAAAUAUGUACAGUACAUCUCUGUGGAACAGAGAGUGUAAACACAGCUGGUGUGAUCCUAAUUAGGGUGAAUUAAUGAAGGAAUGUGACAGAAAUUAAUAAUAAUGUAAUCACACUGCAAGUCUAACAAUAAAUCAAUAAACAUAUAAUAUGGUGACAACAUUUUCAGUCAAUCCACUUUGUCCUCAAAUGACGUAUGACAUAUUUUUUGGACUGUCAUGUAUUAAAAGUGUUUUCUAAUAAAAAAUAAAAAUUGUGGACUCUA